AUGUCACAUUCGAAGAAUGCUAGUAAAUUAACUGAUAAGUGUAGAUUAGACGCUCCCGUAAAUGAAAACUUAGAUCAUGAAGACGAACCAAUAGCUUGUUUCUCGACGGAAAGCCGCACUUAUGCCGUAACUGUAUCAAAGAAAUCUUCGAGUUCGGGGGAAGACGAGGCAAUAUGUGCCGGUCAAAAAUCCUUUAUAAGCAUACAUUCAACCGAUCACCUUUGUCAAGUGGCCGACGUAGACAAUCCAGCCAACAUCGAAGAUUGUAACGUUGAAGUGUUAAGUUUAAAUGAGGUAUUUCCCUCCACUUCUGAAGAAAGUUUGUCGAACGAUGACGAUACACCGAUGGGCCGAAAGAAAAAUAAAUGCAAAGGGGCAAUACAGAAAACACAAUCCGAAAGCGCUGGAAAAUCUACCUAUGUACCGACGAACAGUAAGUCCUCAACAGUGUCAGGACGUGAUAGAGACACUCUGGAAACACAAGCGUCGGUGUACUCGGACUAUAACAUCCCAAAAAACACAAUGUAUGUAAUGGGAAGUAAUCCAGGUGAACCUAAAAUGUCAUAUCAGGAUCCUCCUAAAAAAGUAUCCAAGACGAUGAAAAAGUUUCUCCGUAAUAUUGAUAAACACAAAAGCGAAGCGAAGCAAAUGGCUAAAAGUGGUGAAAAAGUAAUAAGCAAACUAACAACAAUGCGAGGUAUUCUCAAAGAUGGUGGAUGCGGCCCCGAAUGCACUGGAGAUUCCACAGCACAAGAUACAGAAGAUAACACAGGGGACACAUUCCCUUACCAAAUGGAGUGGGCGCCACACCUUAGCUAUACAAAACACGGUGCAGAUAAAAAUGUCUCGUUCAAUACACAAGUCCUCAUAAUACAUUUUACGGGGGACCUCUGUGUCGGUCAGAGUAUUGAAACGUUGAGCAAAGAGAAGGAUCAACAAGCCCGAAAUUCCGAACUCAGAAAAACUUAUCUCACAAAGUAUAAUGAGCUCUGGCCCACGCAAAAAUAG